GGUCUGUCAAUGUCCUCUAACUACUACAUUCGAUCACUAAUGCAUCGAAUCUUCAUUACUGAGCAAUCUCGAGGAACACUCCAAGUUUUGCCUUGCAGCAUGCACGUAACUUGCGUUACCUCGCGAAAUCGUUCGUUCCAAAGAGGCUGGGCUCAUCACGCGCACGCACUGACGAGAGAUUACUAUAGAAAGGGAAAAGCAAAAUUGUGGUGAUGCAUCUCCAAACCCACGUUUUUUAUUUCAGAUCGUC